AUGGAAAGCCGGAGCCCAACUCCUACCAAAACCACCGUCAAGCCCAGUGCUUCUGGUACUAUGAAGCCCGACCUACCCAUGGAUCAUCAAGCCGAGAAUGAUUUCGCCUCUCCAACGAAUCCAUCAUCGGCUACGUCCACCGCGUCCAACUAUAGACGCACCAAGUCCAUCAUGUCAGUUGAUGAGCCGGCUGUAAAGUUCUUGUACACCAUUAUGAAACAGUUGGAUUUGAGAACGAUCGACUGGGCCUUGGUUGCCUCGCAGCUGAAUAUCUCCAAUGGGCAUGCUGCAAGAAUGCGGUACUCGCGGCUCAAAGGGCAGCUGGAGAAUCAAGGGUCUAGCCAGAAAGUGGCGCGUCCUAAGAGAGCUGAGACCAGAAGGGCAGCCAGAGCAAGUUCCAGUAGGGCAAGGACCACGAUAGUGCCGGUGACCUCUUACCCUGACUUUGAACCCCUCGUCCCCAUUAAAGAGGAGGUCAAGGAGGAAAGUUACGAUGAUACGAUGGUUCGUAUGGCAGAUAUUCCUCUCGCUCCUCCUCAUGCUAUGCAGGCGGGUUCGUUCGUCACCCCCAUGGGGUAUCCGUGGGGAUACUACUAUCCGCACAGAUACAGUAUGGAUGAAUAUAACAUGUACAUGCCGAUGGGCUAUGCAGGUAGCUAUCAGCAGCAGCAGCAGCAGCAGCACGAGCAGCAGUACUUGCCAUCGGCUAUGGCUUCUGUUGAUUGGGAGGCCUUUAAGUUCGAGCCAGAAGACGAGGAGAAGAGAUUAGACGAGGUGAAAGAUGAACCGGUCGACAAAGGCAAGGGUGUGGAUAGGGAAAUCAAGGAGGAACUAUCGGAGAAGAAGUCGGAGAUUACUGUCAUUGAGGACUGA